CUCUCUCUCUCGCUUCUCGCGCACACACACAGCGCUGGGUUUCCACUGCAAAGUUCUUCGUCAGAACAAUCAAUGGAAAUUGAAUUAAGGGUCCGCUGAAAUUUCAAUGGAUAACUCUCUUACAGCCAUGCCCGAGUCAAACGAGCAAGAAGGAGCUCAAUCCUUUAAUCAAACCUCUCCAGCAAGAAGAGCUGGCCUCUUCUAUAAGCUGGUAGUGCCAUCCAUUCUUCAAGACAAGAAGCUGAAAAUACCAAACAAGUUUGCUAAGAAGUUUGGAGGUGAUAUUUUGGAUCUUGUUACUCUGGUUGCUCCUAAUGGUUAUCGAUGGGUUCUGGAAUUAAAAAGACAUGGCCGUAGUAUGUGGUUUGAGGAUGGUUGGCAUGAAUUUGUCAAACACCAUUGCAUUCAAGUUGGACAGCUCUUGGUCUUCAGAUUUGAAGGAAAUUCCGUUUUCAACUUUUACAUGUUCAACCUAACUGCAAUUCCAAAUGGUCCAUGCAAUACUUCAAAUGCUUCCAUUGAACAAAACGAUGGCGAACAAUGCCCAGAUACACUUGGAAAAGAAGCUGAAUACAAGAAAUUAGUUGAAAUAUUAGGAACUGGUUCUCCUGACCCCUCUCCACGUCCUUCUGUCAAGGACCUUGUUUGUGAGUUUCCAGAUCAGCAAAAAUUCAAUGGAAGUUGCAAUGGGACUAGCAUUAAGAAUUUUAUGCAUUGGUUCGACACAGAGAACCUGCAUCCUCUAAAGGAUUUUGAUAAUCCACUAAAGCAUUUAGAUAAGUUGCGCAUGCAACUACUAAAUUCAAAUCGAGAUAUCGGUAUACAGUUCGACGGGGAUGAGCUUGCGAAAGCUAGAGAAAAUCAUGACUUUCAAUUGAAUCAAUCCUCUGAUGAAAGAGAGGAAGGAGCCAUGAAAAAGAAGUUAAAACUUGAACCAAUUGACUACUACAAUGACAAUGAGCCAAUAGACGAAAAAAAAUGUGGAAACGUCCCACAUAAAAUUAAUAGGAUGGCUUUUGGAGUUGAGGAGUUCAAGUUUGGUAAUCCGUUUUGCUGGAUUGUUAUGAGACAAUCCUAUAUACGAAGAGGGUUCCAUUUGCAUAUACCAUCCAAAUUUGCGGAGAAGUAUCUAAAAGGGGUCUGGGGCGAUAUCACACUUCAGGUUUCAAGUGGGAAGCAAUGGCGUGUUCGAUGCAUUCGUGAAGGUCCUGGCACCAAGUUAACCAGGGGAUGGGCUGACUUUGUCGUGGACAACGAUUUGAAAGAAGAAGACGUUUGUGUCUUUGAGCUGAUUAAUAUGAAAGAUAUUGUGAUGCAAGUUACAGUAUUCCGUGUCCAUGGUGAUCCAACAAAAACUUGAACCCGAGGAAAUUGGAAAAACCCCAACUGGAACAUCCAGUUUAUUGUUAUGCAAUUAUGUUGGAAUUUUUCUCCAAAGACAGAUGACAAUGAGGUCUUGGUUUACACAACACCUUGUUGUUGCAGUUUAUCCUUGUAACCUUGCCCAUGUCCAUUUUUCGUCUUUAUCAUUUACAGUUUUUUCUUCAAAGCAUGAAGUUGAAGAGUGGUUGAACUUUGAAACUCCUGUGCUUAGACCUCCAUUGUAAAUUCUUCCCUGAACGGAAAAGUAAAAAAAGUUGGUGUUUCUUUUCUCCGUAAUGUAUAUUGGCAUGAACUUUGAACUUUUUUACUCAAAAAGUUGGAGAGACUGACUCUUCUUUUCCAAGGAAAUGGAUGCCACCAAUGCAAGAACGAAUCUGUUUCA